UGUUGUUCUUUGUCUUCCCUUUCUCGUUGGGACCGCCGACGAAGAAUUCCAGAGCAGACGCGCACACCUUCAUCGAUGGACAACCAUUGCACGGAAGGAUAGUUCGCUCUCACUGUUUCCGUUUUCCAUCGAACCGCGGAACGAUAGCUAGCGGCGACUUGCGUUACGGCACAAAACAAUUCUCGCCAUGGGCAACGGCCACAACCACCGCUCCCUGCUCUGGCUCCUGCUGCUGGCCUCUCCCCCGCAACAAGCCACCUGCCUCCAGCAGCUCCUGUCGGAACAGGUCGGCAACCAGUAUUCCCGGCUGACGUCGACGAAGUGGAGGGUCCGCCUCGACGUCGGGUUGCAGCCGGGGACGUGGAUGCCCAGACGGUACCCGGGGUGGGCCGAGUCGGGGGCCCGCCUGGUCGUCGACGCCGACAUCGAGUUCACGGACGACCUCCUGCCCCGAACGGUUCCCGGGGAGCCCCUGGUGGGACCCCGCGACCAGACGGGGGUCCUCCGGGUCAACCACCUCGGAAAGGAUUCGGGCACCACGAGGAGGGGCAGAGACAGAGACAGCGAUCAAAAACCCUACAACCCGUCGACCUUUGUCUCGGAAAAGGGGACGCAGACCGUCCGCUUCACCGACGGGGGCUGGUGCAUCAAGCGGCCCACGGCGGACGUGAAGAACGCCGAGGGCGGAAGGGUCCAGCCAGGGGGGAUCCUGGGCUUUUGGCUGGAUUGCGAGAGUGGUGCCACGCGUCGGGACGUGGAGAUCCUUCCAAAGACGAGGAUCUUCUUUACGACGGGCGUGUGGGACGAUCCGGCGGGCCUGCAGGCCCUCGAGGACGAAUACCGGGUGGCGCUCUCGGACCUCGAGGAGAUCGAGGACCGGACCCGGGAAACACGGAGGGACGAGGGGCCGUCCAAGAACCUGCUGGAGCGGUUCCGUGAGUUCCGCACCAUGUUCCAGGACGCCGACGCCUACGACAAGCUGAGGCUGCGGAAGGAGGAACUCGAGCGCCGGUCGCCCCCGAGGUCGUCGGCGGUGGCCAAAAACGGGGUGAAGAUGGCCCCGAACGGAUCCCUCGUCAUCAAGGGGGGGGAUCCCAACCGGCCGGACUGGCUGCCCACGGCCGAGUACCUCAUUUUCGGUACCUUUUCGACCAAGGCCCUGUCGUAGCAAUCUGUAGAUUCUCUUUCAAUCAUAUAUGUGAAAGAUCAUUGACAGCUUGGCCCUUCGUACUUUGCCUGCGCCUUGAUUGUUCUGUGGUUGCCUCGGUAUGAUUUGCGGCACUUAUCAUUUGUACCAAAUAAUUAUGAUACCCUAGUUCGAUUGCAAACUGUAGCCGCAGUUUUUUGUCAAAAACCAAAACUGAGGAUUUCAUAAUAGUCUAGAGCUGCGUAUUAGAGUGACCGAACCUAUGGAUUAUUCAAAAUGGAUCUUUUAAAAAAAUAUUAAAUGUACUUUAAAGCC